AUGAGUUUUGAAACUGAAGGCAGAGAACCCAAAAACGCAAAGAACCCAAAAACGCAAAGAACCCAAAAACGCAGAGAACGCAAAAACACAGAGAACGCAAAAACACAGAGAACGCAAAAACACAGAGAACGCAAAAACACAGAGAACGCAAAAACACAGAGAACGCAAAAACACAGAGAACGCAAAAACACAGAGAACGCAAAAACACAGAGAACGCAAAAACACAGAGAACGCAAAAACACAGAGAACGCAAAAACGCAGAGAACCCAAAAACGCAGAGAACCCAACGAAACCCUCGCCGCGCCACCACCGCCGCACCAUCAGCUCGCCCUUGUCGGUCCAUCGUCGGGCCUUUGGUUUUCCAUCACCUCGCCCUUCGGUUCAUCCCCUACGAAGGCGAGAUCCACCGCCAGCCGUCAGCCGCCACCAACGAAGCUUGAGUCGCGCCUCCCACAGUGUCGCCAAGCCCCAAAUCGAAACCCUAAAUCGAAGCCGCGGACAGGGACCGUCACGCCGCGGACAACCUCCCACCUCCACGAACACGGAUCGUCACGCCGGGGAGAUCAAGUCGCGGCGGCCGCCCCUACCUACGAUAAAUCGCGUCUGAACCUGAAAAGAAACAAGGGAAGAAGAGAUCUCGCCGCCACCUUGCUCUGA